AUGGCCCCAUCCACCGCGUGCCGCCGCCGGCCCGCCAGGCCCGCGCGGGGGGGCCCCCGGCCCGCUCCGCCGCCCGGCGCCUCCCGCGCCCGAGCUCCUCCUCCGCGCCCGUCUGCAUCCGCGCGCCGCCCGCCGCCGGCGCUGUUCGUCGCCACCAGCCUCCGCGCGCUGCCCGAGUCGCCGCCUCUCCGUUCCCGCGCCGCCCACGCCUCGCCUCCGCUCGCCGCCGCCCGGUCGUCGUCCGCCGCCAUCGCCUCCGUCCGCGCCGUCGCUGACCACCGCCGCCUCGUCCCGGCCCGGAUCCGCCCCGAUCUCCGGCGAGCCGCCGCUGCCUCGGCAUCUGUGCCCGCGAAACCCUAG